CCCUGAGCUUCUGUGAGCACAUAGUAAACUGUGGCAAUGGAUUGGUCAUCUGGAUCGCAGGCCUCAAGAUGAAGAAGACCGUCAAUACAACCUGGUACCUUUCUCUGGCUAUUUCUGACUUCCUGUACUGUAUCUUUCUCCCUGUAAAUACUGCAUACCUGGCCACUAACAACUGGAUCUUUGGACUCUCCAUGUGCAAGUUCACCUCCUUUGUAAUGUUCCUCAACAUGUUCAGCAGCAUCUCCCUACUGGUCAUCAUCAGUAUUGACCGCUGUGUCUCUGUGGUGUUCCCGGUUUGGGCACAGAACAAACGCACAGUGAAGAAGGCAUCCCUCGUCAUCAUCCUGGUCUGGAUUAUUUCUAUUGCUCUAAGUUCUCCUUCAGCAAUUUUCCGGAAAACCAUCCAGUAUGGGGAAAGUAUUAAGUGCUAUAAUAAUUAUGAACUGCAUUCUAACCACUUGGCUGUUGUCUUGAGUCGGUUUGUGUGUGGGUUUCUGUUGCCUUUUCUAAUCAUUAUCUCUUGCUAUUCUGUCAUCAUUUGUAAACUUAGAAGCAGCAGAAUGACCAAGUCUUCCAAACCAUUCAAGGUCAUGUCUGCUCUGAUAGGUGCUUUCUUCAUUUGCUGGCUGCCCUAUCAUAUUGUCCUAUUGAUGGAAACAAAUGAAGAUAAUCAGCAGUCAGAAAUAUUUCAAAUCUGCACAAAGGUGUUUCCUGUUCUUGCUAACGCAAACAGCGUCCUAAACCCUUUAUUAUAUGCAUUUAUGGGCAGAGACUUCAAACAUAAAUGCUGGAGAUUUGCUGUGUCUAAAAUUGAAAACGCACUUGGUGAAGAAACUCAGAAAAAAGAAGAAAUCAAUUGUAUGACACACAACACAGGAGUCAGCCAAUAUAAUAGCAGAUUACCCUUAUAAAUGUCAUUCAAGUAUUACUACAAGAUGAUAUACAGUCAUUUAAAAUGAUUCGGUUCCUAAAUCUUUUGUUUUUACAUUUUGAUUGUUUAUGUAUAUCUAUUAAACUACCUUGCUACAAAUCCAGCUACUGAAGUUUGCAAGCCGUAGGAAUGGAAGGGAUGGGGUUUUGUGACAGAAUCUGCCAUAGUGAAUAAACUUAAAACCACGAAAUCA